AUGAAGCUAUUCUUUUUCUUGAGAAUUUAUGAUGGUUUUAGUUUCUUGGUACAAAUGAUGGCUGGAGUCUUCAAAGAUCUUAAAUAUUUCUUGAUAUUCUUUAUAAUUUUCAUCUUACAGUUUGGAAUGAUCUUCUUAGUCCUUUUCAAGGCUCAGUAAAUUGAUGAAUACAAUGGCGUAAAUAAGUUGGCAUACUUCUUGAUGGCCUUUAGAAUUUCAUCUGGUGACUUCCAGCUUGAUGAUUACCAUAGUCAAACUGAUGGAUUAGUGAUAUUUUCCUGGAUGAUCUGGCUAAUAGCAGUCCUGACUUUGAACGUCGUAUUCAUGAACUUCAUAAUUGCUGUGAUUUCAGAAUCGUAUGAAAGAGUUAUGCAGAAAUUAGUUGCAGAAUCAUUCAGAGUCAAAGCUCAAAUGAUUGUUGAGAGGGAACAGCUUUUUAGUGAAGAUGACUUGAAAAGCAUAAAAUAUUUCCCAAAUUAUAUUGUUGUUAGAAGACCUUUAAACACAGAAAUCAAUGAUGCUGGGGAAUGGUAAGGGUUUAUCAAAGAUCUGAAGUAUACUAUUAGAACAACAGCAGUCAAGUCUAAAGCAGAAAUUAUUUAGAAUCUUAACGCAAUUCAAACUAAAAAUAAUGAAGGUCUUGAUGAAAAAAUUGGUACAUUGAAUUAGAAACUUGACCAAGCAUAAGAAAUUAGCAAGAUUGAACUUGAGAAAUAAUCUAAAGCGCUUGAUGCCAAAAUAGAUGGACUAGAUAUUCAGGCAAAAGGACUAGAAGAACAAGUCAAAGGACUUGAUGUAUAAGUGAAAGGAUUAGAUACCAAAGUUGAUGGUCUUGGUACUUCGGUACUUAGAAUCCAAGAUGACAUGGAAUUCAUUAAAAGUUCCUUAACUUAACUACUUCAAAACUAUAAUCAGUGA